AAGCGGUCACGCGCUUCAAAGGGGAGAGACUUCAUCGAACUAAACAUGUGAGUGCGCGCAUGGAAGUGAACGAGAACGACUCGUUCAUGGAAAAGAUUUGUUCAAAAACACCGAUUCGUUAACAGCGCAAGUCCACUUCGAGACAUUUAUCUACAUGUUUUAUGUAAAGUCUUGGAUAUCGUUUUUUUUUUAGAGAAAAACUUAAACUGGCAUUCAUUCCGCAAUCCCACAACGGUGGAAACUUUUCAAGGACACGUUAUUCUCGGAGUUUCUAGCACUGGACCCAUUGCGCUCUCUCUGUAGUUACAUUGAUGUUGUCAGAACCGCCGUUUUAAUGUUUUAAAGUGUCCGUUUUCAGACACUGGCAGCAUCACCGCGUGCGAACCUGCCAACGCCUUUUCUCUCUUUGGCUUCGUUAUUCUUUAAGCGAGAGAAAUACAACGUUCAGUUUUAAAGGUUUUCAUUACUCGACUCAUAAACAAUCGGGAAAAAUGGGUUGCACGUUAAGCACUGAAGAUAAAGCGGCGAUGGAGAGGAGUAAGAUGAUUGACCGGAACCUGCGAGAGGACGGAGAGAAAGCAUCCAGAGAGGUCAAACUCCUGCUGCUCGGUGCUGGGGAAUCAGGGAAGAGUACCAUAGUUAAGCAGAUGAAGAUCAUUCAUGAAGAUGGUUACUCAGAUGACGAGUGCAAGCAGUAUAAAGUGGUGGUUUACAGCAACACUAUCCAGUCCAUCAUUGCAAUCAUCAGGGCCAUGGGACGCUUAAAAAUCGACUUUGGGGAUCCGGCAAGAGCGGAUGAUGCCCGUCAGCUGUUUGUGCUCGCUGGCACUGCUGAGGAAGGGGUGAUGGCGGCUGAUCUCUCUGGGGUCAUUCUCCGGCUGUGGAAGGAUGAAGGAGUGCAGAUGUGUUUCGUCAGAUCACGAGAGUAUCAACUCAACGAUUCUGCAGCCUACUAUUUGAAUGAUCUGGAAAGGAUAUCACAGCCCACCUACACACCCACUCAACAAGAUGUGCUGAGGACUCGGGUCAAGACCACUGGCAUUGUAGAAACACACUUCACCUUCAAAGAGCUCUAUUUCAAGAUGUUUGAUGUGGGUGGGCAGCGUUCUGAGCGGAAGAAGUGGAUUCAUUGUUUUGAAGGAGUCACUGCCAUCAUCUUCUGUGUGGCGCUCAGUGACUAUGACCUGGUGCUUGCUGAGGAUGAAGAGAUGAACCGCAUGCAUGAGAGCAUGAAGCUUUUCGACAGCAUCUGCAACAACAAGUGGUUCACAGACACGUCCGUCAUCCUCUUCCUCAAUAAGAAGGAUCUGUUCGAGGACAAGAUCAAGAAAAGUCCACUUACAAUAUGCUACCCUGAAUACUGCGGAACAUGCACGUACGAGGAAGCAGCGGCGUAUAUUCAGUGCCAGUUUGAGGAUCUGAACAGAAGAAAGGAGACAAAGGAGAUUUACACACACUUCACCUGUGCCACAGACACCAAGAACGUACAGUUUGUGUUUGAUGCAGUCACUGAUGUCAUCAUCAAGAAUAACCUCAUCGAGUGUGGACUCUAUUGAAGCGUCAUCAAGCGUCUGCAUAGUUAUUUCUGGAAGAUUUCAGAGUUUCACCAGCUGGUUGUCCCUGGUUUGUCCAGUUUCACUGGUGGUGAAUGAGCUGGAGAAACUGCCAACCUGCUGCACAGCACACACUCUUCAUAUUAAAUGCGGUACCUGCAGCCAUGGACAGGAUUUUUGCAACUGUUUUAUUUCCCUUUAUCCUUUCUUAAUGACACUCUGUCUUUGCCACUUCAUUUAUUUGCCAAUACACCUUAAUUUUUUGUUUUGUUUUUCUCUAUACGCAUUACAUGAGAGACCACUAUGCAUAGAUCAAAAUCCACAAAUGACCAUAAUGUGUGACUGCAUUAUUACCACAUUAGAUCAAAUAUCUUUUAUUUUAAAGUAGCAAACUGCAAGAAUUCAGUCUAAAUCGUAUUAGUAACAGCGUAUCAGUUCUUAUGAGGAAGUUAUGGUUUUAGCAUAUUUUUAUAGUACUUAUUAAACUAAUUUAUUAAUGAUUUAGGUCUGUUUUUAAGUUUGUGUAUGGAUCAAAGAUGAGGUCACAACAUUCACAAAUGAUUUUUUAUACGUAGUAAAUAAAGUGUCUACUUUAAUGCUUCAAAUAACCUUUUGUAAAAUUAAAAUAUGGGUGAAAUCAUUAUUCCAUGUAACAGAUCAGUGUCAAAACCUAUAAGUUUUAACAUACUCUCACUAGCCACUUUAUUAGGUACAUUUUACUUGUACCGACCCCCUUUUGCCUUCAGAACUGCCUUAAUCCUUUGUGUCAUAGAUUCAACAAGCUUUUGGUCCAUAUUGACAUGAUAGCAUCAUGUUGUUGCUUUAGACAUGUCAGCUGCACAUCCAUGAUGCGAAUCUCCGGUUCCACCACAUCCCAAAGGUGCUCUACUGGAUUGAGAUCUGGUGACUGUGGAGGCCAUUUGAGUACAGUGAACUCAUUGUCAUGUUUAAGAAACCAGUCGAUGAGAUGAUUCGCCCUUUAUGACAUGGAGCAUUAACCUGCUAGAAGUAGCCAUCAGAAGAUGGGUACACUGUGGUCAUAAAGGGAUGGACAUGGUCAGCAACAAUACUCAGGUAGGCUGUGGUGUUGACACAAUGCCCAAUUGGUACUAAUGGGCCCAAAGUGUGCCAAGAAAAUAUCCCCCACACCAUUACACCACCUCUACCAGCCUGAACUGUUGAGACUUUCAUGUUGUUGAUGCCAAAUUCUGACCGUACCAUACGAAUGUCACAGCAGAAAUCGAGACUCAUCAGACCAGGCAAUAUUUUUUCAAUCUCCCCACAGAACUGGCGCUCACUGGAUAUUUUCUCUUUUUCAAAAAAUUCUCUGUAAACCCUAGAGAUGGUUGUGCGUGAAAAUCCUAGUAGAUCACCAAUUUCUGAAAUACUCAGACAAGCCCGUCUGACACCAACAACCAUGUCAUGUUCAAAGUCACUUAAAUCACCUUUCUUCCCCAUUCUGAUGCUCGGUUUGAACUGCAGCAGAUCAUCUUGACCAUGUCUACAUGCCAGUUGCUGCCAUGUGAUUGGCUGAUUACAAAUUUGCGUUAACGAGCAGUUGGACAGGUGUCCCUAAUAAAGUGGCCAGUGAGUGUAUAUAAAAGAAUAAGUGAAUAGUAGAUUAUUAUAUUUUGUAUUAUUAUUGACAAAUAAUAGUUUGGAGGAUAGAAAUAGAAAUAUUUAAUCUAAGAAAGAAUUAGGGUUUUGGUGCUACACUGUGAUCCAUAACAGAGUCUUUUAAUACGUCGUCAAAUGACUCUUGUUCUAAACAUGCCUGAAAAGAUUUAUUUGUAUAUAAAUUAUUGUCACACUAAAUGACAUUUUAGUGGAUGUCUUCUGUAAGUCAUGGUAAAACAAUGGUCAUUCAUUCAUUUUCCUUCAGCUUAGUCCCUUUAUUCAUCAGGGGUCACCACAGCGGAAUGAACCACCAACUUAUCCAGCAUACAGUAUGUUUUACACAGCGCAUGCUCUUCCAGCUGCAACCCAGUACUGGGAAACACCCAUACACUCUCACAUUCACAUACAGCACCCAGAGGAAACUCAGGAGAACAUGAGGAGAACAUGCAAACUACAACUGACCCAGCAGGGACUCGAACCAACGACAUUCUUGCUGUGAGGCGACAGUGCUAACAACUGAGCCACCAUGUCACCUGAUAGUGGUCAUUAUAUUUUAUAUUUUUGCCCAGAAAAACAUUUAAUAAAACACAACACAUUUGAAGACAACAUUAACACUUUUAUUAUUGGAUGUUUGAAAACCCAUAUAUUUCAUCACCUCAGAAGCUCUCAGAAUGAAGUCUCAAUGCUGAGUGAAACUGAAUUAGUGUGAGAGCUAUAGCUGAACAUUGAUUUAUUUUUAAAUAUUUACUAAACACACACACAGCAAUAGUUUCAUUUUCACUUAACACACGAUCACUCACUUUAUAUACCACACUUUAUAUUCCGUAACAUGCUAUUUUUAUAUUUCUUACGGAGCAGUAAAGGUGCAAACAAAUAAUUCUCUUUUAAGAUUUCUGUACGAUGCAAAAAACAGAUCCGUGUUGGGUCAAGGACACGUAGGAGUGAGUGGCAUAAAAAAAGAGCAUGGUUAUUUGCUGGAUUUGCUUUCCCGUCUUGACGUAGAACAGGCUUGUUUGAUGUGCUUUGUGUUUAAUCCUGUGGAUUUCAGUAUUUUUUAAACAAACUGACACAAUGUGAUCUGGUUUGUAAUAUCUGUAUUUAAUACGAAAAUGUCCAUUUCAAGUUAGUUCUCCGUAACAUUUUGCAAAAUGCCACAUAGCUUGAGUCACCAGUGUUUCUUAGAUUUCCAAGCCAUUGUUUGUGUGUUACGUAAAAAAAAUUGAAUAUUGCAGUUCUGAUAUGUUGGAGCACUCAAUGAAGUAGUCUGGUUUCAUUUAACAAUUGGUUGAAAAUCACUGUGCUUUAUUUGAACUAUUUUAGUGUGAACAACUAACAAUAAUUAUAGCACUAAGUCAACAAAAGGCUUGGUUAUUUUCCAAACACCUUUCCUCAGAGUAUUAUUUCGAAAUGCUUUUGUUUUUUUAUGGUUGUUUCUGAUCAUAUAAAUAUGCAUUUGUUCAUUAUAAUAUGCCACCAAUUUCUGCAGUUUUAACACAGUGCAUAUGCAAUCAAAUGACCUUAAAAACAUAUACAGUUGAAGUCAGAGUUAUUAGCCCACCUUUGAAUUUUAUUUAUUUUUUUCCCAAAUGAUGUUUAACAGAGCAAGGAAAUUUUCACUGUAUGUCUGAUAAUAUUUUUUUCUUCUGGAGAAACUCUUAUUUGUUUUAUUUUGGCUAGAAUAAAAGCAGUUAUUAAUGUUUUAAAAGCCAUUUUAAGGUCAAAAUUAUUAGCCCCUUUAAGCUACAGUACUGUAUAUAUUUUUUCUCGAUUGUCUGCAGAACAAACCAUCAUUAUACAAUAAUUUUCCUAAUUAAUCUAACCUGCCUAGUUAACCUAAUUAAUCUAGUUACGCCUUUAAAUGUCACUUUAAGCUGUAUAGAAGUGUGUUGAAAAAUAUCCAGUAAAAUAUUAUUUACUGUCAUCAUGGCAAAGAUAAAAUAAAUCAGUUAUUAGAAGUGAGUUAUUAAAACUAUUAUGUUUAGAAAAGUGUUGAGAAAAUCUGCUCUCUGUUAAACAGAAAUUGGGGAAAAUAUAAACAGGGGGGCUAAUAAUUCUGACUUCAACUGUACAUUGAAGUAUUGCUAACACAGCUCAUUGUCUGUUAGAUCUAUCUGGAGAACAUAUUGUUGUAUUGCGUUCCACUCAAAUUAUUCAAAUCAUUGUCUUUAUUUGGUCUUAAAAGGGUCUUAAAAAGGUUUUGAAACCCUGUUAAAGCUAUUUUUAAAAUAGUUGGGUGAUAGAUUCAGGAUUGUUUUAUCAUUGAAGCUCUCAAAAAAAAAAAUUCCCUGCUUGUUCAAACUAUUUAUUUAAAAUGAGUUGAAACAACACAAUUAUUAAGGGUUUUUUAUGGACAACUUAAUUCUUUUAUGUUCAAUUCACUUAAAUUUAUAAAAACAGUUGACUUAAUUGAUUUGUGUUGGGACAACAUGAAUGUUUUGUGUAGAACCCUGCAUUUUUUUUUACAGUGAGUGUUUUCAAAAACACUGAUGUUUUAUUUUGGAGAUUCAAACCUAAUUUUACCAUGUGUCUUAUUUUAAUGAGACUGUGUCUUUGAUCUGUUACAAAUGUGCAAUUACCAUUUUUGGUUCAACUAUUUCCUACUAUUCCAUUUGUUUUCCAGAUUGUGUCUGUGACCCUAAAUGUGUUUAUAUGUAGUUUGUUUGAUAUAUUGACUUUUUAGCUGUCACCUCUUUUUGAUUAUAUAAUAAUCUUAGCAGAAAGAGUAUUUUGUACUGUGGUUCAUUCAAUAUUCGCUCAGACUUGGAAAGUCUUUUGACAUAUAAAAUAUUUAACCCUGGGUCACAUUUCACUUUAUGUUUCAUGCUGCACACAAAGGGAAAAAAGGAAUCCUGUGUAUUAAUUCCCUUGUGUUUCAUAAUGGUUUGAUGUUUUUGAUUUCAUUUUUGCUAUUGACUGGAGGGAAUGUAGCUUUCUUUUACCUGGGGUUAAACGUAAUGUUUACAACAACAAUUACCCAGAGUUAAUAACCCAGUGUGAAAAGCCCUCAUGAGCAUCAGUGUUUGAAAACCCCUGUUAAACCAUCAUAAAGUAAGGUCACUGUUUUGUGAAAAUGAGCAAUUACAGUAGCGCUAAUGGUGAGACUAUAGCAGUACAUAAUGGUAAUCGGACACCAGCAACCAGUGGAAUUGAUGCAAGUCUUUAUUUCAUGUGCCUACAUUUACAUUCCAGAACAUCUCCACAAAUUCAGACCUCAGGUUUAAACAAAGCAACAGGCCAUUCUAGAAUUUUCACUGUUACUGUAAUACUGUAUCAUAAAUAUAUAUAUUUAGGUCUCCAUAUAUAUUUCAUAUAGAAUUUAUUUGCCUACUCUUAUUUACAAAACGUUCUGCCCUACUGUGUUUGGGGCUGAAAAAGAAAAGUCUUUCACAUAUUGUGUGAGCUGGUUAAAUUCAAACAAUCAGUCUUGCUGACUUAUGCACGUUUUUUACUCACUGUACAUAAAAGAACUUUCUAAUUGCGAUCUGAUUUCCCACUACAGUGUUUUUAUACAGCAAAAUUAGUUGCAAUAAAUUUACUUUUCUUUCU